AUGUUCCUACAAAUUUUCAUUGCUGGAAUAGUUAUAUUAAUAACAAUACUUAUAUGCAGGCUUGGAUCUUUUCUUUACAAAUGGUCAACAAAGCGUCACAACGUCCCACCAGAUGUGGUCAUUUUGUAUCAAAUUGGGAGAGGUCCAUUUGCGCCCAGCGUCUCCCCCUUUCCUUUAAAAUUGGAGACAUUUUUACGGAUGACAAAAACACCGUACGUUAACGAUCACUCGGGUAAGUUUUCCUCCAAAAGGAAAACGCCUUGGAUAGAGUAUGACGGAAAAUCUAUAGCUGAUUCCCAGUUCUGCAUUGACUAUAUAAAGAAAAAAAGAGGGGUGGACGUUAAUGGCGACCUGUCUCCCUCAGAUCAAGCGGUGGCCAGAGCGUUUCAAAAGAUGACAGAAGAAAAUCUAUAUUGGACUAUGUGUAUAGAAAUGUUCGGCGAGGACACAUCCACAGUGGAGAAGGUUAUACCAUACAAAGGGCUUAAACUCUGGCUCACCAUUUGGUUCCUUAAACGUGUCAUCAAGAAAGAGACGUGGGGCCAUGGGAUAGGCCGACACACCCAGGACGAGGUCUGGACCAUAGCUGUAGAUGACAUGACUGCAAUAUCGAACUUUCUUGGGGACAAGGAAUUUUUUAUGGGAUCUGAGCCAAGCGAAGUAGACUGUGCGAUGUUUGGAAUGUUAUCCAUGAUAAUAUUGAACAUGCCGAACUCAAAACAUGACAGAUAUGUUAGAGAAAAUUUGCCAAACAUAGUUCUUUACUGUGAACGGAUGAAACAACGGUUUUGGCCUGAUUGGGAAAGUCACAUUCUAACCAGCAGCAAGUACGAAAAUGAUGACGGAAAAAUUUAUUUCAAAUCACAAGAAGAAAAAACAUCCUAAAGAACUAGAGCUGUUGUAUUUAACAUUCUACGACGAAAUUGUUCUAAUGGUUUGGAAACAAUGAAGAGCGUAAACGCAGCAAAUUAACCUAGGUUUUGAGUCCCAAAAGUGAAACAUGGCAGAAGUGUUUAAAUGCCGGGAUUUCUUAAAUUUCCCGGGAUGGUUCCUGUCAUUACAAUUUUCAUUGUGCACGUUGUUACUGAGAUCAGCUGAUCGUGUUGUACUUUAUUUUGAGCUCACCUGAGCUAGCCCAGGUGAGCCACUCUGAUGGUCUAGAUUUGUCCGUUGUCAUGUGUUCUCAUUUAAGUUUGCCCUUCCGUAAUCUCUGAAGAUUUUUACCUCUCGUUCAGAACUGGAACAAUUUUUAAACCGUGCAAUUUCACACAAUACAUCUUUGAAUAAAGAGUUUUCAAAAUUUAAAGUAAAAUCCUUGACUCUUUCAUGGGAGAAAAGAAAAAAAGAUGAAAAUGAUUGGGUUCAUUUAAAACUCGUAUAUGAAGAUUCAAUGUUGUUCAAACUGACUACAUAUUCUUUACAUACACACUGUAAAAUACCAAAGUCUCAAAUGAUAGGAGAAAAAAAAUAUUCAUAUUUGCUUAUCAAAAACAUUUUUGAACAUGGCAAGUUCAGAGAAGAUGUUUAGUAACUAUUAAAACUUAUUUAGUGUAGCCUCAAGUGUGAUAAGUUUUGGCCCCUGGACACAACGUAACGUGAAUGUAUUUUUUUUAAACUCUUCCCAUUAAGAACAGUAAAAACUGUAAUUUGUCAAGUCAAGAUGCCUGUAAAUAGAAGUAUGUUAAAAUCGCCCUGUAAUGAAGGUUCAAUGGUGAAUACAUGUGUAUACUUGUAGUAAAUCAUGUCCUUUGGCUUAUUUGAGGGUUAAAAAGGGACUUCAUUUCUGGUUCACUCAUGUACAUGUAUUUAAAUAUCGUAAUUUGACUCAAGUGGGCAUUGUGACUUUGAUCUUGGAAAAGUACCGAUAUACUGUUGCUUCUGCAAGUUGACCAAUAAAAAUUUGUAUAUUAAGUUAAUUUUUAUUUCAUAUUUUGAAAAAAAGGGGUAAAUCACAUUAGAAAAAAUGAACAUGAAAUUUUAUUCAUUAAUGGCCAACAAAAUAAAAUUCACCUCAAAAUAAUUUACCAAAGCCACGGAUAAAAUAAAAGUCGUGUCCAUGAAUUGCCAUCUAGCGUGAAGAGCUUAAUUUGCAUCCGUUACAUCCUUUUCUUUUGAAUCGAUUAUACAAUCUAUAUGAAAAACGUUUCUACGAUAAAGAAAGAAAAGUUAGAAAACCGUUGUUUCGAUCUUUUUAAAGUCGUUUAUUUGAGUCUUAAAAUCGCCAAAUUGGUACUAUUUUAAAUUAAUACGCAAGUCAGAGAUUGCUGCAGCGACCGUGGCAACAACAAAGAAGUCCAAAUAUCGGUAAUUGUUUUUGGAAGUAUAAGAAUUGCAUUUAGAGGAUUAAUUUAUUGCGUUGAACUAAUGGAUAUUUGAAGACAUAUAAGUACUAAAAGUGUCCCUUUAUUAAAAGACCUGUUUUGAUAUUUGAAUAAGUACAAUUUAUUCAAAACCUUCUACAUGAAGUCUCUUGCAGUGGCGUUCAGUACGACAUUUAGAUGUAUCGACGACAUAUCAUAUAUGUUAUGUUUUUUAUUUCCCUGAACUAUGAAAUAAACGACAUCUCAGAGUCUGUCGCAUCUGUUUCAUAUUUGUAUGUUUUACUAGAGAAAGACAUUGAUGGCAAACUAAUAAAAUUUACAAGAAACAUAA